AUGAAGCUUUCAUUGAGUAAAAGCUUGUUUACAAAAUCUUCUACUCAACCAUUAGCUAAUGAUAAAUAUUCAAUUAGAGUACUUUAUAAGUUAGAAUCUUCAGAUUCUGAAGAUGUUUGGAUUUGUUCAUAUAGGAAUCAUUCCAAUUUGACACACAAAUAUUUUGACUCUAAUUUUACUGUUCCAUCGCACCUUAAAUUCGCCGGAUUUCUGCUUUUUGGAAACUCGAAAGUUGACGUUACACAUCUCGAAAGUUUAGGAUUUGAUUUAAAUAAUCUUAAAGAAUUCUAUUUUUUAACUCUUGAAACCUAUUUAACUGAUAUUUCGUCUUUAAAUGAGUCGUUUUCAUGCUUUAAAGUUAGUUUAGAAUCCGGAAAACAGUCUAAUACAUCUGUACCACUAGAAGAUAUCGAAUGGAUCGAGGAUGAUGAAAUUGAGUUUAAAAAAAGAAAUUUAUUUUUUGUGAAUGUGUCCCUUGCACUUUUCUCAAAGUUGCCGUUUACCGCUGAAACUGACACGAGUCCUUUUAAAAAUGGGUUCACUACAUUUGAAAAACUACCUAAUGAUUUAAAUACCGAGGUCGUUAGUGCACUAAAAGCACAUUCAUCCAACUUAGUUUCAGAAGAAACGUCCUGUUCAGUUACAUACUCGGAGCCAUUUGAACCUGUGAAAAACCCAUACACCCAGUUCUGCUCGACUUACGUUUUGGGGUUUGGGUUUGAUAGCAGGGGUAGGAAACACGCGCUAGUGGUUUCAGGAGAACAUGAAGACUACGAUGCGUGCUUGAGGCUGUUGUUGCAAACUAAUGUCGCACUGCCGACCGAGGAGUUGGAAGAGGAUGAUUUGAAUAGAAUGGUUUUGACCAAGGUUAACGAUCAGCUAUUGAGACUGGCUACCGCUUUAGAGAAGGAUGCAUCCUCUCUAAGCUGCUAUGUUUUAACUGAACACAACAAGGACGAUGAGCUCUUGUUUAAGCAUGAAGAGGAGGAAGCCACUAAACCUGAGAGCAGGGAGUCUAAGCCGAACAGGUCAAGUGGUAAAAAGUCAUCUGGCAAGGGGAAGGGAGCCAAAACAACACAAAAAAGUACCCAAACCACCAAGAAAACCACGCCUAAAAAAACACUUUUUAACUUUCUCACCUCCUUGGAAUUCUCUGGGUCAGUGUACACACUUAAUUUUGACUCAAAGACGGGUGGCUUAUCUCUUUCAGUGAAUAAGGAGAGUAAAGAGUCUGAUGCAAGUAAAAAUAAAACUAGUGUAAAUUUGGUUUUCAAGUUCAUGAUGAGCAGUGCUAGUUCGUCACAGUGCCAUGUGCCUCACGGGGGCUCUGCCGUUGCACUGUUUAACUACUUAUCGGAGUCCAAAUGUAGUUUCGAUGGGCUUUUCGAAGAGACCGAACACGAUUUUUUGAGACUGGAACUAGUUUUUAACCCAUACGAAUUCGUUGAUAGGACAAUUUUGAUAUCGCCUCACCUAUCUGGCAACCUGUUUCCUCCCUGGAUUUCUCCGAAAAAGUCGUCGGUGAACUUGGUCAUCGGGAAUUAUCAGUACUAUCACUACACACAGUGUGGAGUCAACGACGCCGGCUGGGGCUGCUGUUACCGGUCCCUUCAGCUCGUUUGCAGCUGGUAUUUGCUCAGAUACUGUACACCCAAAUUGGUCCCCAGCCACUCCGUGAUUCAACAGGUUUUGAAGGACAACGACCUGUCCCACAAGGACUUAAAGAUUGGAAGCUCGACGUGGAUUGGCACUGUCGAGUCGGGGUACUUCCUUAACUGGUACCUGGGAUACACAUACAAAACGCUGUAUUUGAACGACGUUUCCGAAUUCAGGAACUACAAUAUGGUUAUCGCAGAUCAUUUUAAAAAAGAAGGAUCCCCGAUCAUCGUUGGAGCGGGAGCCUACGCCUACGUCAUUUUGGGCAUAUGCAUGGAGAAUGAGGGAGGUGAAGUUGCGUACCUUAUUGCUGAUCCGCAUUACACAGGCGAUGAUUCUGUUAAAAACGUUCUGACCAAGGGCGGUAUAGGCUGGAAGAAGAUUGACUUCCUGUCGAAGGCUUCUGAUGGGCGUUUUAUAAAUUUGUGCCUUCCACAGUUGGAGAAAUAUUGUGCUUGA